CGUGACCUCCUCAACAACCUCCACCAUUACAAGGAAGACCUCGAGCAAUGCGUGCCAGCCAACAGGAUGCUCUUCAAAAGGCAAGGACCCCGCAACCUGGGGCUCAGCAUCGACAAAUACUUCAGGCACAUCCAUGACUUCCUUCAUACCCACAACCACAGCGCCUGUGCCUGGGACCACGUCCGCCUUGAAGCUCACAUCUGCUUCCAACGCUUGGACACACUCAUAUGGCGAAUGAAGAGCCGAGACGCUCCU